ACGUUCCAGUGGGGCGUCAGGGGUCCUCGUGGGCAUGGGGGCGCUUUAGCUGCAGAGCCCCUUGGUCAGACGAAGUCCCUCCUGGAGACCCAGCGUUUCGGGGCUGGAAGAGGGCUUUCCCCUCCGCCCGCCCGCAGAACCCCUGGAGUCUGGCAGCGGGUGACUUGGAGAGGGUGGGUGGCGGGACCUGCCCAGACUCAGCCAGUGGCGCGGCACCAGGCUGCGGGCUCCGUGAGGACCCAGAGACUGAGGGAAACAGAGAGAGAGAGACUGAGAGGCCGAUUGGGACAGACCCAGGGACUGAGGGAACCGAGACACGCGACCUGAGGAUGGAGGGAAACCAAGAGAGACAGAUGGGGAGAGACGCAGAGCCGAGGGAAACUGAGAGACAGAUGGGGAGAGACCUGGAGGCCGAAGGACACCCAGAGACUGGGAGAAAGAGGCCGAGGGCGCCCCAGAGAGACGGAGACUGAGAUCGAGCAGGGCCUGGAGACUGGGGGAAGCCGAGAGACAACGGGGAGAGACGCAGAGCCGAGGGAAACAGAGACAGAUGGGGAGAGGCCCGGAGCCCGGGGAGCGGGACAGGGAGCCCAGGGAGGGGCGGCGGCAGAGGCCCGGCCCUGACGCCCGCCCCCCGCAGCGCCGCGGCAUGAAGGGCAAGGCGCGCAAGCUCUUCUACAAGGCCAUCGUGCGCGGCAAGGAGAUGAUCCGCAUCGGCGACUGCGCCGUCUUCCUGUCGGCCGGCCGCCCCAACCUGCCCUACAUCGGCCGCAUCCAGAGCAUGUGGGAGUCCUGGGGCAACAACAUGGUGGUCCGCGUCAAGUGGUUCUACCACCCCGAGGAGACCAGCCCCGGCAAGCAGUUCCACGAGGGCCAGCGCGCCCUGUACCAGUCCUCGCACGUGGACGAGAACGACGUGCAGACGGUGUCGCACAAGUGCCUGGUGGUGGGCCUGGACCAGUACGAGCAGAUGCUCAAGACCAAGAAGUACCAGGACAGCGAGGGCCUGUACUACCUGGCGGGCACCUACGAGCCCACCACGGGCAUGAUCUUCUCCACGGACGGCGUGCCGGUGCUCUGCUGA